UUCGAAGCGAUACGCCAACCCUGAGCGCCAAAGCCGGCAAACGGCGGUACCAAGUACCAAUUUAAGCGCUGGUAGGCUUGGCUUUGGCUUUGAGAGUCUUGUUGAAGUGGUUCUUGCGUGUUCAGUAAUCGAAAGUUCCCUUGUCCCGGUAAAAUUUGGAGUGACGACAACGAGACGCCCGAGCGUGACGACAUCAGUCGACUGAAUACCAAUUUUGUGGAAGAGCGUCCGUUCAUCGUUAACCCUCACCCUUAAAAAAAAAAAAAUCCCGUCUUUCGCCUUUCGUUAAAAAACACACACAGCAGAAGACAAACACCAUGGGUUUGAGACAGAGCAAGCGGUCGGUUGAUAUUUCCGGGUCACCUAAAAAGGAGGCACCUGCUGCCGUGGUUGAAAAAAUUCCACAAACCAACGAUGCCCCAAAUCAGACAAUAGAAAAUAUUGAAGAAGAGGUUAAGACUCCCAUCAAUGGCGAAGCCAAGACUACAGAGCCAGCCGAUUUGGACAAGAGCAUUCAAGAGGACGUCAAGGAUAAAAGCGUGACGGAAGCAGCGAACGAUAGCAAAGUUGAAGAAUCUCCAUCUUCUCAAAAGGACGAGAAAAAAGAAAAGGUUAAGAAGAAGCGAUCAUUCCGAACCUUCAGCUUCUUAAGACGAGAGAAAAAGACGAAGGAAGAAAACAACAAAAAUGGAGAUGUUGCUAAAGAGCCUAAGACCGAAACUGCUGAACAAGUUGCCGAUGUUGCACCCGUUGCCGCAGCCGAAUCGACCUCCGUGGAAGAACCCGUUGCAGUCGCUGCUGAAGUUAGCUCCGAGGAAACGGCCGCUCCCGUCAAGGAUGACUCCGCAGCCGUAGUCGAGGAAAAACAGGAAGCCACGCCUGAAGCCGCUCCAGCCACCGAGGAAGUCGCAGCACCAGCUGCCGAAGAGUCCAAACAGGAGGAAGUGGAUGCUCCAGUCGCAGAAGCUGUGGUGGCAUCUGAAGUUGAAACCCAACCCGCUCAACCAGAGGCAGAAGCCAGUGAUCCAGCACCCGCUUCUGAAGAGGCUCCUGCUGAGCAAGUCGCCGUUGAAACAAAUGAACAGGAAUCUGCUCAGCCCGUCAUUGAAGCCGAGCCUGUCCAGGAGAGUGAAAAGCAAACAGAAGUCGCUUCUGAAAACUCUGAAACGGUGCAAGCCAGCGAAGAAUGAAGAGCUGUCCGAUGAUCUGGAUGGCGCUCAUUUUAAAGAAACAAAAAAAAAAAAUAAAUUUUACACAUAAUCCUCACCUUCUCCUCUCCCAUACUUUGAUAUUUUGUUUUCUGAUAUUUGGUCAGUUUCUGUAUCCCUUCUUAUCUUUAUUUCCCCUUCCACCACCUUCUGUAUUACUUCCAUUUAUUAGAAUAGUUUGCCGCCGAUUUUGCCAAGUGUUUUCUGCUUGAAUGAAAGAAAGUAUUGCAAUUUUUAAGAAGAGAAGUCCCUCUUUUUAAAGCUGAUUCGAGAUUGUCAUCGUGUGUGGGUUUUUUUUUCUUGGCUUAAUUCGCCAUUUUAAUGGUUGAAAUAAAGUCAGUUGUUUCUCGCAACAUUUAGCGCCCCCUCUAAUAACGUUCCGUGUUCGUAGUACUUCCAUCUCCCCUUUGCUCUGAGCUAAUAAUCCUAUUUCCGUUCGAAAAUUUAUUAUUUUCUCCUAUUUUCGUGGUAACAUACGUUUCGACAGAUAUCGAAGCAACGGAAUCGGAACACUCGUUGUGUGAUAUUGGUUAUCAAUUUCUCAUGGUGCCGAUGCUAAAAUUGAAAAACAAAAAAGGAAAAAAAAAUACGCAUCGUUGUAGCACCAGUGAUGAUGGGUGCUUUGAAAAGAAGAAGGCAGCUUUUUGUAUUGGAGUAGAAUGAUUAAAAAAAAAGAAAAGAAAAGAACUUGAUUUAAAUGCUUUUGAAUGAAGCUACCCGCCCCCCGCUCUCCACAUCAUAUUACUUUCUAAAUGUCAGACAACACGGGUCGCUAGACCGAAUGGCAAAAUGUCCAUAUUCUCUCUCGCACAUCUCGUUUUACGCUUGCUAUCUUUAAAUGCUAUCUAAAAGAAAAUCUGCCUCUACGCUUUCAUGAUUUUCAUCUUUGCUCAUCUUCAAAUACAGCCUUGGCUCGAACAGUAUUUUCUCACAAAGGUUUGGGCUUUUCUGAACACGGAAACAUGUCCUCUUUAUCGUCUACCACCCACCCAUCCUUCUGAGACAUAGGAACUACACACCUCCUCCCCUCCCUUGAAAAAGUCUUUACUUUCUUUUUGUUUACUUGGCCCUUUUUUUUUUGUACCGCUUGUACCAACGUCUGCAUAGCCAAUACAUUUUUUGUAUAUAAAUAA